ACUGCUCUGAGAUGUUUGGAGCACCUCUAAACAUCAGUGAAUCUCACACCGGCUAACACUGACUAACCACAGUGAGACGUUCUACACACAUCAGGGACCGAGUUUCAAAGCUCUAACAGGUCGGGGUACCUUUGGCCUUCAUCAGGAGCGGCCCGGAACCUCCGAGGAGCUGAGGCUGCAGACUGAUAAGGAAACAAUAAGCUCUUGAGGCAAAGAUGGACUCCAAGCAAAAUGGCCACACACAAGUCCAGGGACCUGUGGGGGGCAUCUUUUUGGAGAAAACAAAGGAGAAGAUAACCAUAUAUCAAGCCAUGAAGAAACGUCUGCUUAAGCCAGGAACAGCAUUAGCCCUGCUGGAAGCACAAGCAGCCACAGUAGGUAUCGUAGACCCAAUAAACAACAGAAUACUUCCUGUUGUAGAUGCUGUUAAGGAGGGAAUAGUUGGACCGGAGAUGAAAGAAAAGCUCCUCAUAGCAGAGAAAGCUGUCAGUGGCUAUGUAGACCCCUACACUAACCAAAUGAUAUCUGUAUUCCAAGCAAUUCGAAAAGAUUUAGUCCCAAUAGAAUAUGGAUUGAGGCUGCUGGAAGCACAGAUUGCCACAAAUGGCCUGUUUGAUCCUCUUGAGAAGUCAACUAUUUCAGUUGAAUCAGCAAUUCAAAAGGGCUACUAUGAAAAAGGUUUGCUCAAUGACCAGAUGUCCGAGCUCAAAGUAUUCUACAAUCCAAGCUCACAAGAAAAUCUAAACUACCAAAACCUCCUAGAAAAAUGCACCGUGGAGCCUGACACAGGCCUGGUGCUCCUUCCUGUUUGCAUCACUUUUAAAGGUCUGCGGAGAGGUAUUUCCUCCACUAAACUUUUUGAGUCACAGAUCAUUGACAAACAAACAUUUGAUGACCUACAGAAGGGAAAGACCAACACACAGGAUGUGAUGUUGAUGGAAACAGUGAAAGAAUACUUGGAGGGCAAAGGCAGUAUCGCAGGCAUUGCUGAACUCUCAUCUAAUCAGAGAAUGAGCAUUUAUGAAGCCAUGAAGAAAGGUAUACUGAUGCCUGGAACAGCACUUGUUCUACUGGAGGCACAAGCUGCAACUGGAUUCAUGAUUGAUCCUGUGGAAAAUAAAAAGUACACUGUGGAUGAGGCCAUCAAAAACAACGUUUUUGGCCCAGAAUAUCAUGCAAAGCUGCGUUCUGCUGAGCGAGCAGUUACUGGCUACAAAGACCCAUAUUCAGGUGAAACUAUAUCCCUGUUUCAAGCCAUGUCAAAAGACCUCAUGGUUAAGGAACAUGGGAUCCGCCUUCUUGAGGCGCAAAUUGCUACAGGUGGAAUAAUAGAUCCCAUCAACAGUCACAGACUACCAACAGAAGUGGCCUUCAAAAGAGGUUAUUUUGAUGAAGAAAUGAACGCCAUACUUGAGGAUUCAGGGGAUGACACAAAAGGUUUCUUUGACCCAAACACAAAAGAUAACCUAACUUAUCUUCAGCUGAUGCAAAGGUGUGUCACUGAUCCAAUAACUGGACUGUGUCUCCUCCCUCUCCUCUCCAAGUCAGACUGCCUGAAUUUCAACUUUAUUGACUACCAAACUAAAAUGACUUUCAAAGAGGAGAAGGUCAACGUGACAUGCGGGAAGUACAUGGGAAUGACAGUAUCUUGGUGGGAACUCCUCAUGUCAGAAUACUUUGAUGAACACCAGAGGCGAGACAUCAUUCAAAAGUUUAGAGAGGGGAAGCUCAAUAUCAAGAUGGUUACCAAAACAAUUCUGGAAGUCAUUGAAAAGUCUGUGAAAACAACAAACUGCGUCUUUGAAGGCAUCAGAGAAACCGUUACAGCCAAACAGCUUGUGGACGCAGAUAUCAUUAGUAAAGAGGUUAUGGAGGAUCUGGAAAAGGGAAAAACGUCAGUGAAGGAAGUGAUAGCAGAUGAAAGUGUAAAUGUCUACCUACAGGGGAAAGACAGCAUUGCAGGCAUUUUGCUUCCUGAUUCUCAAAUCAUGAGCAUUUACCAGGCCAAACAAAAAGGGAGGUUGAUGCCAGGAACUGCUCUGAUUCUACUGGAGGCACAAGCAGCAACCGGGUUCAUCAUUGACCCAAUCGGAAACAGAAAGUUUUCAGUGGAUGAUGCAGUCAAAGCAAAGAUUGUGGGGCCUGACGUGUGUCAAAAGUUGCGCUCAGCAGAGAAAGCGGUCACUGGAUACAAAAAUCCAUAUGAUGGCCAAAUAAUCUCAUUGUUCCAAGCCAUGCAAAAAGAUCUCAUCGUCAAAGACCAUGGAAUUCGACUCUUGGAAGCACAAAUUGCCACUGGUGGGAUCAUUGACCCAGUGAACAGCCAUCGCAUUCCUGUCCAUGUGGCCUAUAAGAAGGGAUACUUCAAUGAGGAAAUGAAUGAGAUACUGGCUGACCCAAGUGACGACACCAAAGGAUUCUUUGACCCCAACACCCAUGAGAACCUGACAUACUUGCAGCUCAUGGCCAGAUGUGUUAGAGAUCCUAGUACAGGUCUUUGCCUCUUGCCACUCAAAAGCAAAAGCAACAGAAUUAACAUAGAUGAAAAUAUGAAGGAGACGUUCAAAGCAACAACAGUUACUGUUAAAUAUGGAAGGUUCAAAGACAAACACACAACACUUUGGGAACUUAUCAAUUCAGAGUAUUUGACAGGGGACAAAAGACAGGAGCUUUUCAAGCUCUUCAAAUCAAGGAAAAUCACAAUCGAGCUACUGACUGUCACCAUUUUAGAGAUCAUUAAGAGUAAGGAGAUAAAACAGCAAGCAGGGCUGAACUUUACGAGUCUCAGAGGAGAGGUCUCUGUGGUGGAUCUUUUGCAACUUGAAAUAGUGAAUGAAACAACGUACAACAGUUUGAUUGAUGGAACGAUAACAAGCACUGAUGUGAUGAACAUGGACAGUGUGAGAGAUUACCUACAUGGGAAAAGUUGUGUAGCUGGAGUGAUACUGCAACCCUCCAAUAAAAAGCUGAGCAUCUAUGAGGCACAGAGAAUCGGCAUUCUCACACCUGGCACUGCCCUCUGCCUACUUGAAGCACAAGCGGCCACAGGGUUUAUUGUUGAUCCUUUGGAAAACAAGAAACUCACAGUAAAACAAGCUAUCAGAGAAAAGUUGAUUGGUCCACAGAUGCAUGAAAAGCUUUUGUCUGCAGAGAGGGCGGUCACUGGAUACACAGAUCCAUACACUGGUCAAAAGAUCUCUCUUUUCCAAGCUUUACAAAAGGAUCUGAUUGUCAAGCAGCAUGGCCUCCGUUUACUUGAGGCCCAGAUUGCUACAGGUGGUAUCAUUGAUCCUCUGAAGUGUCUUCACUUACCUCUUGAGGUUGCAUACAGGGAAGGGUAUUUUGAUGCAGAACUUAAUAAGGUCCUAACAGAUCCGACUGAUGACACAAAAGGGUUUUUUGACCCACAGACACAACAUAAUUUGACAUACAUGGAGAUGCUAGGUAGAUGUGUACAAGAUAAGGAUACAGGACUGUUUCUCCUGCCACUGACUGACAAGUCAAAAGCUACUGAGAUAAAGGUAAAAAUGUACACGGACACAGAGAUAAAGCAAGAGCUUCAAAAGACAACAGUGACCAUAUCAGUGGGACACUACUCAGGGAAAUCUGUGUCUCUCUGGGACUUGAUUCACUCUGGGUACUUUACCGAGGAUCAGCAGCUUGAAUUCAUUGAGAAGUACAGAGCAAGAAAGAUUACCACAGAAACCAUAAUUACAUCAGUGAUUUCCACCAUUAAAAAACUGGAGAAGAGCAAAACUUCCAAAAUGAUAAUGGGCCUGAGAAAACCGGUCUCUGCACAAAAACUACUAGAUUCUGAUGUUAUUGAUGCAGAUACAUUCAAACAGGUGAAUAAAGGAAAACUCACUCUUGAAUCAGUUGUCCAACAUGAACCUGUGAGAGGAUACCUUAAGGGAACCGGAAGCAUUGCUGGAAUAAAAGUUCAUCCAUCUCAACAAGUAAUGAGCAUAUAUGAGGCAAAAAAGGAAGAUCUGUUGACACCUGGCAUUGCACUUCUACUGCUUGAGGCGCAGGCAGCAACAGGAUGGAUCAUUGAUCCUCUGAAAAACAAGAACUAUGCUGUUGAUGAGGCAGCAAAAGAACAAAUAAUUGGACCAGAUUUACAUGAGCAACUUCUCUCAGCUGAAAGAGCUGUCACUGGCUACAAAGAUCCAUACACUGAUGCAACAAUAUCACUGUUUGAAGCCAUGGAUAAACAGCUGAUUCAAAAAAGCGAUGGUAUACGUCUUCUUGAGGCGCAGAUGGCAACUGGAGGAAUCAUAGACCCAAAUCAAAGUCACAGACUACCUGUUCAUGUUGCUAUCAAAAAGGGAUAUCUGGAUGACGAAAUCAGCAAAACUCUGUUGAACCCAGAUGAUGACGCAAAGGGAUUUUUUGAUCCAAACACUAAAGAGAAAAUCUCUUACCAUCAGCUGAUAAAGCAAUGCGAGAAAGAUCCUGAAACUGGGCUACUUCUUCUACCCCUGUACAAAGAGCAAUCCCAUGUAUUUCACACUGAUGAGCAGAUAGAGCUUACACUCAAAAACAAAGCUAUCAUCAUAAAUGCAGGGAGAUUUAAAGACAAAGAAGUGACAUUGUGGGAAGUGUUACUCUCUGAAUAUAUUUCGGAACAAAAAAGGGAGCAGCUCAUACAACAAUACAAGAAAGGAUCCACGAAAAUAGAGGAGCUCAUUGAAAUACUCACUGUUAUUGUUACAGAGGUUUCAUCCAAAGAAAGAAAGUUUAAAGGACUACGAAAGCAAGUUUCAGCCAGUGAGUUGUUUGAGUCUAAGAUUAUCUCAAAAGAGCUUUUCACACAGAUAAUACAAGGGGAAAUAACCGAAGAUAAUGUUGACAAGAUGGAAUCGAUUCAGAAAUACCUCGGAGCUACAAACUGUAUAGCAGGUGUCAGAGUUGAAUCUACAAAGAAAGUGAUGAGCAUCUACGAGGCCAAGACAAAACGCCUGCUGACCCCUGGGACAUCUCUUGUACUGCUUGAGGCUCAAGCUGCCACUGGCUUUGUCAUUGACCCAGUGAACAACAAGAAACUCUCUGUAGAGGAAGCUGUGGCUCAAGGAGUGGUUGGCAGUGAGUGGAAAAAAAAACUGCUUUCAGCAGAAAGGGCAGUGACAGGAUACAUAGAUCACUACACUGGAAACACAAUUUCCUUGUUCCAAGCCUUGAAAAAAGAUCUUAUUGUGAAAGAUCAUGGAAUUCGUCUCCUUGAAGCCCAAAUUGCCACUGGAGGCAUAAUUGACCCAGUGCACAGUCACAGAGUACCUGUACAGGUGGCAUACACAAGAGGCUACUUUGAUGAAGAAAUGAACCAGAUCCUGUCCGACCCUGAUGAUGACACCAAGGGCUUCUUUGAUCCCAACACUCAAGAGAACCUCACAUAUCUACAGCUGGUUGAGAGGUGUGUCACAGAUCCCAUUACAGGCCUUAGCUUACUGGUGAUUGCAAAGAAAGGAGAGUUUUAUUUCUUUGUCGAUGAGGCAACAAAACUCAUUUUGAAAUCUACAACCACAACCAAAGCAGGAGGAAAAUACCAAAGAACAACAGUGUCUCUGUGGGAUCUGCUCUACUCCAAAUACAUCACUGAGGAGAAGAGGAGAGAGCUUGUGCAACAGUACAAGUCUGGAUCAAUCACAAUCGAACACUUCCUGAAAAUAAUACUGACAAUCAUUGAGCAGCAGACUAUAACAACCUCGUCCUCCUCAAUCGUCAUGUGCCAACCACCAGAAAGACAAGUGGACAGCAGCACACAAUCUACUAUCAGGACUACAGUCACAAAGACAACUGAAGUUCAAAACUUCCAGGGAAUAAGAAAAGACGUCACAGCUAGUGAGUUGUUUAAAUCACAAAUCAUCAAUGAGGACCUCUACAACAAUCUUACAGCUGGAAAUGUCACAGUGACAGAAGUAAGUGAAAUGGAUUCGGUGCGAAGGUACUUAGAGGGAACUAACAGCAUUGCAGGAGUGUACCUGCAGUCCACCAAAGAGACCCUGAGUAUCAAUGAAGCCAAAAGCAAAGGCCUGCUAACUCCUGGUACUACUCUUGUUCUACUUGAGGCUCAAGCUGCCACUGGCUUUGUCAUUGACCCAGUGAACAACAAGAAACUUUCAGUGGAAGAAGCUGUAUCUCAAAGAGUGGUUGGCAGCGAAUGGAAAAACAAACUGCUUUCAGCAGAAAGGGCAGUGACAGGAUACAAAGAUCCCUACACUGGAGACACAAUUUCCUUGUUCCAAGCCUUGAAAAAAGAUCUUAUUGUGAAAGAUCAUGGAAUUCGUCUCCUUGAAGCCCAAAUUGCCACUGGAGGCAUAAUUGACCCAGUGCACAGUCACAGAGUACCUGUACAGGUGGCAUACACAAGAGGCUACUUUGAUGAAGAAAUGAACCAGAUCCUGUCCGACCCUGAUGAUGACACCAAGGGCUUCUUUGAUCCCAACACUCAAGAGAACCUCACAUAUCUUCAGCUGGUUGAGAGGUGUGUCACAGAUCCCAUUACAGGCCUUAGCUUACUGGUGAUUGCAAAGAAAGGAGAGGUUUAUUUCUUUGUUGAUGAGGCAACAAAACUCAUUUUGAAAUCUACAACCACAACCAAAGCAGGAGGAAAAUACCAAAGAACAACAGUGUCUCUGUGGGAUCUGCUCUACUCCAAAUACAUCACUGAGGAGAAGAGGAGAGAGCUUGUGCAACAGUACAAGUCUGGAUCAAUCACAAUCGAACACUUCCUGAAAAUAAUACUGACAAUCAUUGAGCAGCAGACUAUAACAACCUCGUCCUCCUCAAUCGGCAUGUGCCAACCACCAGAAAGACAAGUGUGCAGCAGCACACAAUCUACUAUCACGACUACAGUCACAAAGACAACUGAAGUUCAAAACUUCCAGGGAAUAAGAAAAGACGUCACAGCUAGUGAGUUGUUUAAAUCACAAAUCAUCAAUGAGGACCUCUACAACAAUCUUACAGCUGGAAAUGUCACAGUGACAGAAGUAAGUGAAAUGGAUUCAGUGCGGAGGUACUUAGAGGGAACUAACAGCAUUGCAGGAGUGUACCUGCAGUCCACCAAAGAGACCCUGAGUAUCAAUGAAGCCAAAAGCAAAGGCCUGCUAACUCCUGGUACUACUCUUGUUCUACUUGAGGCUCAAGCUGCCACUGGCUUUGUCAUUGACCCAGUGAACAACAAGAAACUUUCAGUGGAAGAAGCUGUAUCUCAAAGAGUGGUUGGCAGCGAAUGGAAAAACAAACUGCUUUCAGCAGAAAGGGCAGUGACAGGAUACAAAGAUCCCUACACUGGAGACACAAUUUCCUUGUUCCAAGCCUUGAAAAAAGAUCUUAUUGUGAAAGAUCAUGGAAUUCGUCUCCUUGAAGCCCAAAUUGCCACUGGAGGCAUAAUUGACCCAGUGCACAGUCACAGAGUACCUGUACAGGUGGCAUACACAAGAGGCUACUUUGAUGAAGAAAUGAACCAGAUCCUGUCUGACCCUGAUGAUGACACCAAGGGCUUCUUUGAUCCCAACACUCAAGAGAACCUCACAUAUCUACAGCUGGUUGAGAGGUGUGUCACAGAUCCCAUUACAGGCCUUAGCUUACUGGUGAUUGCAAAGAAAGGAGAGGUUUAUUUCUUUGUUGAUGAGGCAACAAAACUCAUUUUGAAAUCUACAACCACAACCAAAGCAGGAGGAAAAUACCAAAGAACAACAGUGUCUCUGUGGGAUCUGCUCUACUCCAAAUACAUCACUGAGGAGAAGAGGAGAGAGCUUGUGCAACAGUACAAGUCUGGAUCAAUCACAAUCGAACACUUCCUGAAAAUAAUACUGACAAUCAUUGAGCAGCAGACUAUAACAACCUCGUCCUCCUCAAUCGUCAUGUGCCAACCACCAGAAAGACAAGUGGACAGCAGCACACAAUCUACUAUCAGGACUACAGUCACAAAGACAACUGAAGUUCAAAACUUCCAGGGAAUAAGAAAAGACGUCACAGCUAGUGAGUUGUUUAAAUCACAAAUCAUCAAUGAGGACCUCUACAACAAUCUUACAGCUGGAAAUGUCACAGUGACAGAAGUAAGUGAAAUGGAUUCGGUGCGAAGGUACUUAGAGGGAACUAACAGCAUUGCAGGAGUGUACCUGCAGUCCACCAAAGAGACCCUGAGUAUCAAUGAAGCCAAAAGCAAAGGCCUGCUAACUCCUGGUACUACUCUUGUUCUACUUGAGGCUCAAGCUGCCACUGGCUUUGUCAUUGACCCAGUGAACAACAAGAAACUUUCAGUGGAAGAAGCUGUAUCUCAAAGAGUGGUUGGCAGCGAAUGGAAAAACAAACUGCUUUCAGCAGAAAGGGCAGUGACAGGAUACAAAGAUCCCUACACUGGAGACACAAUUUCCUUGUUCCAAGCCUUGAAAAAAGAUCUUAUUGUGAAAGAUCAUGGAAUUCGUCUCCUUGAAGCCCAAAUUGCCACUGGAGGCAUAAUUGACCCAGUGCACAGUCACAGAGUACCUGUACAGGUGGCAUACACAAGAGGCUACUUUGAUGAAGAAAUGAACCAGAUCCUGUCUGACCCUGAUGAUGACACCAAGGGCUUCUUUGAUCCCAACACUCAAGAGAACCUCACAUAUCUUCAGCUGGUUGAGAGGUGUGUCACAGAUCCCAUUACAGGCCUUAGCUUACUGGUGAUUGCAAAGAAAGGAGAGGUUUAUUUCUUUGUUGAUGAGGCAACAAAACUCAUUUUGAAAUCUACAACCACAACCAAAGCAGGAGGAAAAUACCAAAGAACAACAGUGUCUCUGUGGGAUCUGCUCUACUCCAAAUACAUCACUGAGGAGAAGAGGAGAGAGCUUGUGCAACAGUACAAGUCUGGAUCAAUCACAAUCGAACACUUCCUGAAAAUAAUACUGACAAUCAUUGAGCAGCAGACUAUAACAACCUCGUCCUCCUCAAUCGUCAUGUGCCAACCACCAGAAAGACAAGUGGACAGCAGCACACAAUCUACUAUCAGGACUACAGUCACAAAGACAACUGAAGUUCAAAACUUCCAGGGAAUAAGAAAAGACGUCACAGCUUGUGAGUUGUUUAAAUCACAAAUCAUCAAUGAGGACCUCUACAACAAUCUUACAGCUGGAAAUGUCACAGUGACAGAAGUAAGUGAAAUGGAUUCGGUGCGAAGGUACUUAGAGGGAACUAACAGCAUUGCAGGAGUGUACCUGCAGUCCACCAAAGAGACCCUGAGUAUCUAUGGAGCCAAAAGCAAAGGCCUGCUAACUCCUGGUACUACUCUUGUUCUACUUGAGGCUCAAGCUGCCACUGGCUUUGUCAUUGACCCAGUGAACAACAAGAAACUUUCAGUGGAAGAAGCUGUAUCUCAAAGAGUGGUUGGCAGCGAAUGGAAAAACAAACUGCUUUCAGCAGAAAGGGCAGUGACAGGAUACAAAGAUCCCUACACUGGAGACACAAUUUCCUUGUUCCAAGCCUUGAAAAAAGAUCUUAUUGUGAAAGAUCAUGGAAUUCGUCUCCUUGAAGCCCAAAUUGCCACUGGAGGCAUAAUUGACCCAGUGCACAGUCACAGAGUACCUGUACAGGUGGCAUACACAAGAGGCUACUUUGAUGAAGAAAUGAACCAGAUCCUGUCUGACCCUGAUGAUGACACCAAGGGCUUCUUUGAUCCCAACACUCAAGAGAACCUCACAUAUCUUCAGCUGGUUGAGAGGUGUGUCACAGAUCCCAUUACAGGCCUUAGCUUACUGGUGAUUGCAAAGAAAGGAGAGUUUUAUUUCUUUGUUGAUGAGGCAACAAAACUCAUUUUGAAAUCUACAACCACAACCAAAGCAGGAGGAAAAUACCAAAGAACAACAGUGUCUCUGUGGGAUCUGCUCUACUCCAAAUACAUCACUGAGGAGAAGAGGAGAGAGCUUGUGCAACAGUACAAGUCUGGAUCAAUCACAAUCGAACACUUCCUGAAAAUAAUACUGACAAUCAUUGAGCAGCAGACUAUAACAACCUCGUCCUCCUCAAUCGGCAUGUGCCAACCACCAGAAAGACAAGUGGACAGCAGCACACAAUCUACUAUCAGGACUACAGUCACAAAGACAACUGAAGUUCAAAACUUCCAGGGAAUAAGAAAAGACGUCACAGCUAGUGAGUUGUUUAAAUCACAAAUCAUCAAUGAGGACCUCUACAACAAUCUUACAGCUGGAAAUGUCACAGUGACAGAAGUAAGUGAAAUGGAUUCGGUGCGAAGGUACUUAGAGGGAACUAACAGCAUUGCAGGAGUGUACCUGCAGUCCACCAAAGAGACCCUGAGUAUCAAUGAAGCCAAAAGCAAAGGCCUGCUAACUCCUGGUACUACUCUUGUUCUACUUGAGGCUCAAGCUGCCACUGGCUUUGUCAUUGACCCAGUGAACAACAAGAAACUUUCAGUGGAAGAAGCUGUAUCUCAAAGAGUGGUUGGCAGCGAAUGGAAAAACAAACUGCUUUCAGCAGAAAGGGCAGUGACAGGAUACAAAGAUCCCUACACUGGAGACACAAUUUCCUUGUUCCAAGCCUUGAAAAAAGAUCUUAUUGUGAAAGAUCAUGGAAUUCGUCUCCUUGAAGCCCAAAUUGCCACUGGAGGCAUAAUUGACCCAGUGCACAGUCACAGAGUACCUGUACAGGUGGCAUACACAAGAGGCUACUUUGAUGAAGAAAUGAACCAGAUCCUGUCUGACCCUGAUGAUGACACCAAGGGCUUCUUUGAUCCCAACACUCAAGAGAACCUCACAUAUCUUCAGCUGGUUGAGAGGUGUGUCACAGAUCCCAUUACAGGCCUUAGCUUACUGGUGAUUGCAAAGAAAGGAGAGGUUUAUUUCUUUGUUGAUGAGGCAACAAAACUCAUUUUGAAAUCUACAACCACAACCAAAGCAGGAGGAAAAUACCAAAGAACAACAGUGUCUCUGUGGGAUCUGCUCUACUCCAAAUACAUCACUGAGGAGAAGAGGAGAGAGCUUGUGCAACAGUACAAGUCUGGAUCAAUCACAAUCGAACACUUCCUGAAAAUAAUACUGACAAUCAUUGAGCAGCAGACUAUAACAACCUCGUCCUCCUCAAUCGGCAUGUGCCAACCACCAGAAAGACAAGUGGACAGCAGCACACAAUCUACUAUCAGGACUACAGUCACAAAGACAACUGAAGUUCAAAACUUCCAGGGAAUAAGAAAAGACGUCACAGCUUGUGAGUUGUUUAAAUCACAAAUCAUCAAUGAGGACCUCUACAACAAUCUUACAGCUGGAAAUGUCACAGUGACAGAAGUAAGUGAAAUGGAUUCAGUGCGAAGGUACUUAGAGGGAACUAACAGCAUUGCAGGAGUGUACCUGCAGUCCACCAAAGAGACCCUGAGUAUCUAUGGAGCCAAAAGCAAAGGCCUGCUAACUCCUGGUACUACUCUUGUUCUACUUGAGGCUCAAGCUGCCACUGGCUUUGUCAUUGACCCAGUGAACAACAAGAAACUUUCAGUGGAAGAAGCUGUAUCUCAAAGAGUGGUUGGCAGCGAAUGGAAAAACAAACUGCUUUCAGCAGAAAGGGCAGUGACAGGAUACAAAGAUCCCUACACUGGAGACACAAUUUCCUUGUUCCAAGCCUUGAAAAAAGAUCUUAUUGUGAAAGAUCAUGGAAUUCGUCUCCUUGAAGCCCAAAUUGCCACUGGAGGCAUAAUUGACCCAGUGCACAGUCACAGAGUACCUGUACAGGUGGCAUACACAAGAGGCUACUUUGAUGAAGAAAUGAACCAGAUCCUGUCCGACCCUGAUGAUGACACCAAGGGCUUCUUUGAUCCCAACACUCAAGAGAACCUCACAUAUCUUCAGCUGGUUGAGAGGUGUGUCACAGAUCCCAUUACAGGCCUUAGCUUACUGGUGAUUGCAAAGAAAGGAGAGGUUUAUUUCUUUGUUGAUGAGGCAACAAAACUCAUUUUGAAAUCUACAACCACAACCAAAGCAGGAGGAAAAUACCAAAGAACAACAGUGUCUCUGUGGGAUCUGCUCUACUCCAAAUACAUCACUGAGGAGAAGAGGAGAGAGCUUGUGCAACAGUACAAGUCUGGAUCAAUCACAAUCGAACACUUCCUGAAAAUAAUACUGACAAUCAUUGAGCAGCAGACUAUAACAACCUCGUCCUCCUCAAUCGGCAUGUGCCAACCACCAGAAAGACAAGUGGACAGCAGCACACAAUCUACUAUCACGACUACAGUCACAAAGACAACUGAAGUUCAAAACUUCCAGGGAAUAAGAAAAGACGUCACAGCUAGUGAGUUGUUUAAAUCACAAAUCAUCAAUGAGGACCUCUACAACAAUCUUACAGCUGGAAAUGUCACAGUGACAGAAGUAAGUGAAAUGGAUUCAGUGCGAAGGUACUUAGAGGGAACUAACAGCAUUGCAGGAGUGUACCUGCAGUCCACCAAAGAGACCCUGAGUAUCAAUGAAGCCAAAAGCAAAGGCCUGCUAACUCCUGGUACUACUCUUGUUCUACUUGAGGCUCAAGCUGCCACUGGCUUUGUCAUUGACCCAGUGAACAACAAGAAACUUUCAGUGGAAGAAGCUGUAUCUCAAAGAGUGGUUGGCAGCGAAUGGAAAAACAAACUGCUUUCAGCAGAAAGGGCAGUGACAGGAUACAAAGAUCCCUACACUGGAGACACAAUUUCCUUGUUCCAAGCCUUGAAAAAAGAUCUUAUUGUGAAAGAUCAUGGAAUUCGUCUCCUUGAAGCCCAAAUUGCCACUGGAGGCAUAAUUGACCCAGUGCACAGUCACAGAGUACCUGUACAGGUGGCAUACACAAGAGGCUACUUUGAUGAAGAAAUGAACCAGAUCCUGUCCGACCCUGAUGAUGACACCAAGGGCUUCUUUGAUCCCAACACUCAAGAGAACCUCACAUAUCUUCAGCUGGUUGAGAGGUGUGUCACAGAUCCCAUUACAGGCCUUAGCUUACUGGUGAUUGCAAAGAAAGGAGAGGUUUAUUUCUUUGUUGAUGAGGCAACAAAACUCAUUUUGAAAUCUACAACCACAACCAAAGCAGGAGGAAAAUACCAAAGAACAACAGUGUCUCUGUGGGAUCUGCUCUACUCCAAAUACAUCACUGAGGAGAAGAGGAGAGAGCUUGUGCAACAGUACAAGUCUGGAUCAAUCACAAUCGAACACUUCCUGAAAAUAAUACUGACAAUCAUUGAGCAGCAGACUAUAACAACCUCGUCCUGCUCAAUCGGCAUGUGCCAACCACCAGAAAGACAAGUGGACAGCAGCACACAAUCUACUAUCAGGACUACAGUCACAAAGACAACUGAAGUUCAAAACUUCCAGGGAAUAAGAAAAGACGUCACAGCUUGUGAGUUGUUUAAAUCACAAAUCAUCAAUGAGGACCUCUACAACAAUCUUACAGCUGGAAAUGUCACAGUGACAGAAGUAAGUGAAAUGGAUUCGGUGCGAAGGUACUUAGAGGGAACUAACAGCAUUGCAGGAGUGUACCUGCAGUCCACCAAAGAGACCCUGAGUAUCUAUGGAGCCAAAAGCAAAGGCCUGCUGACUCCUGGUACUACUCUUGUUCUACUUGAGGCUCAAGCUGCCACUGGCUUUGUCAUUGACCCAGUGAACAACAAGAAACUUUCAGUGGAAGAAGCUGUAUCUCAAAGAGUGGUUGGCAGCGAAUGGAAAAACAAACUGCUUUCAGCAGAAAGGGCAGUGACAGGAUACAAAGAUCCCUACACUGGAGACACAAUUUCCUUGUUCCAAGCCUUGAAAAAAGAUCUUAUUGUGAAAGAUCAUGGAAUUCGUCUCCUUGAAGCCCAAAUUGCCACUGGAGGCAUAAUUGACCCAGUGCACAGUCACAGAGUACCUGUACAGGUGGCAUACACAAGAGGCUACUUUGAUGAAGAAAUGAACCAGAUCCUGUCCGACCCUGAUGAUGACACCAAGGGCUUCUUUGAUCCCAACACUCAAGAGAACCUCACAUAUCUUCAGCUGGUUGAGAGGUGUGUCACAGAUCCCAUUACAGGCCUUAGCUUACUGGUGAUUGCAAAGAAAGGAGAGGUUUAUUUCUUUGUUGAUGAGGCAACAAAACUCAUUUUGAAAUCUACAACCACAACCAAAGCAGGAGGAAAAUACCAAAGAACAACAGUGUCUCUGUGGGAUCUGCUCUACUCCAAAUACAUCACUGAGGAGAAGAGGAGAGAGCUUGUGCAACAGUACAAGUCUGGAUCAAUCACAAUCGAACACUUCCUGAAAAUAAUACUGACAAUCAUUGAGCAGCAGACUAUAACAACCUCGUCCUCCUCAAUCGGCAUGUGCCAACCACCAGAAAGACAAGUGGACAGCAGCACACAAUCUACUAUCACGACUACAGUCACAAAGACAACUGAAGUUCAAAACUUCCAGGGAAUAAGAAAAGACGUCACAGCUAGUGAGUUGUUUAAAUCACAAAUCAUCAAUGAGGACCUCUACAACAAUCUUACAGCUGGAAAUGUCACAGUGACAGAAGUAAGUGAAAUGGAUUCAGUGCGGAGGUACUUAGAGGGAACUAACAGCAUUGCAGGAGUGUACCUGCAGUCCACCAAAGAGACCCUGAGUAUCUAUGGAGCCAAAAGCAAAGGCCUGCUGACUCCUGGUACUACUCUUGUUCUACUUGAGGCUCAAGCUGCCACUGGCUUUGUCAUUGACCCAGUGAACAACAAGAAACUUUCAGUGGAAGAAGCUGUAUCUCAAAGAGUGGUUGGCAGCGAAUGGAAAAACAAACUGCUUUCAGCAGAAAGGGCAGUGACAGGAUACAAAGAUCCCUACACUGGAGACACAAUUUCCUUGUUCCAAGCCUUGAAAAAAGAUCUUAUUGUGAAAGAUCAUGGAAUUCGUCUCCUUGAAGCCCAAAUUGCCACUGGAGGCAUAAUUGACCCAGUGCACAGUCACAGAGUACCUGUACAGGUGGCAUACACAAGAGGCUACUUUGAUGAAGAAAUGAACCAGAUCCUGUCUGACCCUGAUGAUGACACCAAGGGCUUCUUUGAUCCCAACACUCAAGAGAACCUCACAUAUCUUCAGCUGGUUGAGAGGUGUGUCACAGAUCCCAUUACAGGCCUUAGCUUACUGGUGAUUGCAAAGAAAGGAGAGUUUUAUUUCUUUGUUGAUGAGGCAACAAAACUCAUUUUGAAAUCUACAACCACAACCAAAGCAGGAGGAAAAUACCAAAGAACAACAGUGUCUCUGUGGGAUCUGCUCUACUCCAAAUACAUCACUGAGGAGAAGAGGAGAGAGCUUGUGCAACAGUACAAGUCUGGAUCAAUCACAAUCGAACACUUCCUGAAAAUAAUACUGACAAUCAUUGAGCAGCAGACUAUAACAACCUCGUCCUCCUCAAUCGUCAUGUGCCAACCACCAGAAAGACAAGUGGACAGCAGCACACAAUCUACUAUCAGGACUACAGUCACAAAGACAACUGAAGUUCAAAACUUCCAGGGAAUAAGAAAAGACGUCACAGCUAGUGAGUUGUUUAAAUCACAAAUCAUCAAUGAGGACCUCUACAACAAUCUUACAGCUGGAAAUGUCACAGUGACAGAAGUAAGUGAAAUGGAUUCGGUGCGGAGGUACUUAGAGGGAACUAACAGCAUUGCAGGAGUGUACCUGCAGUCCACCAAAGAGACCCUGAGUAUCUAUGGAGCCAAAAGCAAAGGCCUGCUAACUCCUGGUACUACUCUUGUUCUACUUGAGGCUCAAGCUGCCACUGGCUUUGUCAUUGACCCAGUGAACAACAAGAAACUUUCAGUGGAAGAAGCUGUAUCUCAAAGAGUGGUUGGCAGCGAAUGGAAAAACAAACUGCUUUCAGCAGAAAGGGCAGUGACAGGAUACAAAGAUCCCUACACUGGAGACACAAUUUCCUUGUUCCAAGCCUUGAAAAAAGAUCUUAUUGUGAAAGAUCAUGGAAUUCGUCUCCUUGAAGCCCAAAUUGCCACUGGAGGCAUAAUUGACCCAGUGCACAGUCACAGAUUACCUGUACAGGUGGCAUACACAAGAGGUUACUUUGAUGAAGAAAUGAACCAGAUCCUGUCCGACCCUGAUGAUGACACCAAGGGCUUCUUUGAUCCCAACACUCAAGAGAACCUCACAUAUCUUCAGCUGGUUGAGAGGUGUGUCACAGAUCCCAUUACAGGCCUCAGUUUACUAUCAUUGAGAAAGUGAAUGAAACCAAAGCUUUCUUCAUGCAUUUUAUUUUCUGUUGUGCUUGCAUUCUUAGAUUUUUACUCAACAGAAUGCAGGAUGUUGAAACAUGAGAGAAAAAUACACGCAUACUGUAGUUCUCCAACUACUGUUAGUUUGAAUGCUUCAGUUACAACUGCUUGUUGUGCAGUGUAGAUUAUUGGAACCAGCACCCACACAACCAGUGACACUGACACAACUCCACUUUUAGCCAUUCUUAACCCCCCUCAAAAUAAAUCAACUUUGAGAAAUUUAGAAUUUAGUGGCCGUAAAACUCUAUUAAACUGAUGAAAUCAUCUAAUUUCUCAAAACAUACAUACAGAUCUUACAUAGAUAAACACUUAAAAUACAGCAUAUUGUUUUUAAAUCUUUGUUUUCUGCAUUCAUGGCUGUCACUGGGAAAUAAAAUCUUAGAUUUGCAAUACUUUUUGGGGAUUUUGUAUUCUUCUGCAGAGCACUUGGGUCUGGAUGUUUUAGAGUGCGUAAUAAAUAAAGUUGGAUUGUAUUUGUGGGAAUUAUGAAUUGUAUUAUCGUAUGUUGAUGUGGGUAGAUGGAGUUAAGCUGCGCCUAUAGAAGCUAGACUUAGUUAUGUUACCAUUUAGUCCAAAAAGAUGAACACUUAAUUCUUAAUUAAGUUAUACUUUGCUUUCAUUUGAAGUCAGCCCUGCUCUUUUUGUAUUAUUGUAAAUGAUGUUUUGUUGAAACUGUUUCAUUAUAUGACCAACUAAACAAAUGAAAUGCUACAUUUUUUGUCAAAACAUCUUGACAUUUUUGGAAGUUGAUGUGUAUUGAACAACAGACUUUAAAAUUAUUUCCUGAUUGAAGAGUCCUCAAAUGUUCGACAACUCUUCACCCAUAAUCAUUUCUGUUCAACAACAAUAAAGCAAAUACAAUGAAAAA